AUGAUUUCUAUCUUUGAAGAAACUGAUAUCAAAGUCAAUGGCUGUUCAUCAUUUUGGCAUUCCAUUGAUGAGCGAUGGCUAGAAGACAUUAAAGAAAAUAAAAUUUAUGAAGGCUCCCUAAGAUUGCCAGCCUCAAACUCAAUAGGCAAGGAAAGACAUUUCGUGCUGACAAAAACUUCAAUAUACUCAAUGAAUAAAAAGAACUCUCGGUCUCCUCAGCUGAUGUCAAAAAUCAAUUGGAAGCUUGUUGAGCCUUUUAUCGAGCAUAACACAGGAGAUGAACGUUACGGUUUUAAAAUUUUUCAAAAUAAAAUCUUUCAGGAUUUUUAUGCAAAAAAUUCUGAUGACCUAGAUUCAUGGCUUCACCAUCUUUCUUAUGUGUCGAUAAUGACUGAUCUUGAAGAUGAUUAUUCAAUCAUAAGAGAGGUCGGCAAGGGGAGCUUUGCAAACGUAUUUCUUUCCCAAGAUUUAGAUAACGAUGAAAAGUAUGCUAUUAAGGCAAUUUCUAAAAGCAAAAGCUUUAAAGACGCUUAUAAUAGCAUUGGGAUGAUCAAUGAAAUUGAAGUCAUGAGAAAAGUCAAGCAUCCUUAUAUUCUUACACUGCAUAAAAUAUAUGAGAGCGAAAACCAUGUAUAUUUGGUUUUAGAUUAUGUAGAAGGAGGAGAACUAUUACAGAGAUUAAUGACGCAUGGAAAAAUCCCAGAAUCAUCUGCAGUCAAAUUUUGUGCGAAUUUAUUGGAUGCUCUCGACUAUCUGCAUUCUAUGAAUAUUAUGCAUAGGGAUAUAAAACCAGAAAAUAUCCUGAUGGUAGAGAGAGGUAAUGAUUUUGAAUUUAAAAUUUCAGAUUUUGGCUUAGCGCUGCAAACUGAAGAAAAGCAAGACUUAAGGUGUGGAUCUCCAGGAUAUGUAGCUCCAGAGAUAUUGAGGAAGGAGCCUUAUGACAAAAGAAUUGAUGCGUUUAGUGCUGGGAUUUUGAUGUUUGUGAUAUUGUCUGGGAGAACACCAUUUCCAGGGAAAGAUACAAAAGAAAUUUUAAGUAGAAAUAAAGAGUGCAUGAUUCACUAUCAAAGCAAAUAUUGGAGUGAUGUCUCUAUGAAAGCAAUCGAUUUAAUCCAACGCCUUACUGAUCCUAACCCAAAUUUCAGGAUUUCUAUAAGUGAUGCUAAGCAGCAUCCUUGGGUUUCAUUUUUAUUUACUCAGCUCCCACUUAUGUGAGUGAGGAAAUUUUUAUUCGCUAACGGAGGGGUUUAAUUUUUUUUUUAAAUUUUAUAAUAAAUUUUAUAUACAAAAAUAAAAUUAAUUUGUAAAAAUUUUUGUUUUAAAAUGAGAGCUGUUUAAAAUUGUAAAGAAUUAGUUAGAGAUUUUAUUAUAAUAAUUAUCGCUUAUAUAUCAAAAUAUUUUUUUCAUAAAAAUUUUUAUAUUAAAAAAUUUAUUGCCGCUCACGAAUGGUGGUUUUGACCAAAAAUAGAGAUUAUUAUAAUAGUUUUGUUCGUACACAGAGUGCGUGAGGUAGAAACAAAAAAAAUCAGCAAUUUCCGAAACAACAGGAAGGACAGCUAAGAGAAAGAUAUGCUGCCCCAAAUAGUGAAAAUUCAAGUAUGAUUAAAGUAAGCCAUAGAGUUCAUAAUGAUAAAAGAAGGGAACAAGGAACUGCUACAGAAAGAAGUGGACGAACUGCACAGAGUUUGUUUGAAGUAGCAAUAAACAAGCAUAAAAAAAUAGUUUCUCCUUCAAUCAGAGCUAAGAUGGCAAUUUCUGUUGGGCAAUAA